AUGUCUUCUCAUGCUUACCAACCUCUUCCCACCUCGCCACCGCCUUCGGGCCUCGUCAACGCCGAGGCCGAAGAGUUCGAUCGCCUCCCCGAGACCGUGAACACCGGGGAGACCGAUGAGAACGCUGUGAACGAUGACGACCGUCUGACCGACCCCACCUCUUUCCGACCCCUUCGUGAAUCUGUCGAAUCUGAAUUCGCCCGUCCCCCUCCAUCAUGGUGGAAACGUCUCUUACUUGUCCUUUUCGUUCUUUUCACAGGUUGGGCUGCGGUGAGGUUAGGAAGUAGUCAGAGGAAACCGAAAGUGAUUUAUGCUAGCCGAUACUCUGAGGAACACAAAUAUCGACCAGCCGCUUCACCCGUCAUUACCGAACACCUUCAGGACGGUCGGAUACGAUUACGAGGCGCGUCUGUAGGAGGGGUUGGAGUGAAAGAAGAGGAUAUACCAUUGACUCCAAAGCUAGGGAAGCUGCAAAGUUGA